GUCGUGAGUGCGUAGCUGUGGACCGGCGCCGGCACGGUUGUUACCCUCGGGCUGCGGCCUGCGGGCCUGGGGAUUUUCCUGACUCAGGGAUCAAACCCACGUCUCCUGGGGCUCCUGCAUUGGCUGGCGAAUUCUUCACCACUGAGCCACCUGGGGAGGCCCAAGUUAUAUUAUAUUGUGUAACCUGCUUUGGAAAUUGCUGAUUAGAUCAUUAAAGUUUUUACAGAAAAAGGAAAAUGACUGGGCGAGCCAGAGCGAGAGCGAGAGGAAGGGCCCGUGGUCAGGAGAUGGUGCAGCAUGUGGGCGCCUCUGCGAGUCAGCAGCCUGGUUACAUUCAGUCUCGACCUCAGCAGCCGCCUGCAGAGGGGGAAUUAGUUGGCCGUGGACGACUGAGAGGAACAGUAGGAGCAACAGCGAAGUCUCAAGAACUCCAGAUAUCUGCUGGAUUCCAGGAGUUAUCAUUAGCAGAGAGAGGAGGUCGUCGUAGAGACUUUCAUGAUCUUGGUGUGAAUACAAGACAGAACCUAGAUCAUGUGAAAGAAUCAAAAACAGGUUCUUCAGGUAUUAUCGUAAGGCUGAGCACUAACCAUUUCCGAUUGACAUCCCGUCCCCAAUGGGCCUUAUAUCAGUAUCACAUUGACUAUAAUCCGUUGAUGGAAGCCCGAAGACUCCGCUCAGCUCUUCUUUUUCAACAUGAGGAUUUAAUUGGAAGGUGUCAUGCUUUUGAUGGAACGAUAUUAUUUUUACCUAAAAGACUACAGCACAAGGUUACUGAAGUUUUUAGUCAGACUCGAAAUGGAGAGCAUGUGAGGAUAACAAUCACCCUGACAAAUGAACUCCCACCUACGUCACCAACUUGUUUGCAGUUCUAUAAUAUUAUUUUCAGGAGGCUUUUGAAGAUCAUGAACUUGCAACAAAUUGGACGGAAUUACUAUAACCCAAGUGACCCAAUUGAUAUUCCAAAUCAUAGGUUGGUGAUUUGGCCUGGCUUCACCACUUCCAUUCUUCAGUAUGAAAACAACAUCAUGCUCUGCACUGAUGUCAGUCACAAAGUCCUCCGAAGUGAAACCGUUUUAGAUUUCAUGUUCAACUUGUUGCAUCAAAUCGAAGAGCACAAAUUUCAAGAACAAGUGUCUAAGGAACUGAUUGGUUUAAUUGUUCUCACCAAGUAUAACAACAAAACAUACAGAGUAGAUGAUAUUGACUGGGACCAGAAUCCAAAGAGUACGUUUAAGAAAGCAGAUGGCUCUGAAGUCAGCUUCUUAGAGUACUACAGGAAGCAAUAUAACCAAGAAAUCACUGACCUGAAGCAGCCGGUUUUGGUCAGUCAGCCCAAGAGGAGGAGAGGCCCUGGCGGCACGCUGCCAGGUCCAGCCAUGCUUAUCCCAGAGCUCUGCUACCUCACAGGUUUAACUGAUAAAAUGCGUAAUGAUUUUAAUGUGAUGAAAGACCUGGCUGUUCAUACAAGACUAACUCCAGAGCAAAGGCAGCGUGAAGUCGGAAGACUGAUUGAUUAUAUUCAUAAAGAUGAUAAUGUGCAGAGGGAGCUUCGAGACUGGGGUUUGAGCUUUGACUCCAACUUACUGUCCUUCUCAGGAAGAAUUUUGCAAGCAGAAAAGAUUCAUCAAGGUGGAAAAACAUUUGAUUACAAUCCACAAUUUGCAGAUUGGUCAAAAGAAACAAGAGGUGCACCAUUAAUUAGUGUUAAGCCACUAGAUAACUGGUUGUUGAUCUAUACUCGAAGAAAUUAUGAAGCAGCCAAUUCGUUGAUACAAAAUCUAUUUAAAGUUACACCAGCCAUGGGCAUACAAAUGAAAAAAGCAAUAAUGAUUGAAGUGGAUGAUAGAACUGAAGCCUAUUUAAGAGUCUUACAGCAAAAGGUUACGUCAGAUACCCAGAUAGUUGUUUGUCUGUUAUCAAGUAAUCGGAAAGACAAAUAUGAUGCUAUUAAAAAAUACUUAUGUACAGAUUGCCCUACUCCGAGUCAGUGUGUGGUGGCCCGAACCUUAGGCAAACAACAGACUGUCAUGGCUAUUGCUACAAAGAUUGCGCUGCAGAUGAACUGCAAGAUGGGAGGAGAGCUUUGGAGGAUUGAUAUGCCUCUGAAGCUAGCGAUGAUAGUUGGCAUUGACUGUUACCAUGAUACCACAGCUGGACGGAGGUCAAUUGCAGGAUUUGUGGCAAGCAUCAAUGAAGGGAUGACUCGCUGGUUCUCUCGCUGUGUGUUUCAAGAUAGAGGACAAGAACUAGUAGAUGGGCUUAAGGUCUGCUUGCAAGCUGCUCUAAGGGCUUGGAAUAGCUGCAAUGAAUACAUGCCUAGUCGAAUUAUUGUAUAUCGGGAUGGUGUUGGAGACGGUCAGCUUAAAACAUUGGUGAACUAUGAAGUUCCACAGUUUUUGGAUUGCCUGAAAUCUCUUGGUAGAGGUUACAACCUUGAAGUACGAGGGUCUGAUUAUCCCAAUACAGCCAUAGGCGUCCACAGCAUUGGUUGAAAUGAAUCUUCCAGAUAGUCUUAACAUACUCUUUCUCUACCUCCUUGUACAACAAAUACUUGUUUCAUUUCUUUGACCUCAGCUGGACUGGUUUUUGAUGGGUAGAUGAUUGGCAUGUGUUUGGUGGACACCGUUACCCUCUGUCCUUUGAGGCUGUCUGCACGGCCGAGGGGAGCUAUACUCAUAACUGAAUGCUACUCUGGCUCUCCUUUGAGACCUACAUUGGUUUUUGCUUUGCUCUCCUACCAAGGUCGUUUGUUGGUUCUCUCUGGCAGUAAAUUGCAUGCCAUGUCAAGAUAGCUGUUCUAAUAAGUUACAUUGUUUAAUUUUUUGCUGUUUUCUUUCUCCUAUUGUAAGCAAGUUGAGAUCAGGGACUGUUGUAUUAAGGACUUAGUGCAUAAUAUAUUUUGUGUAGUUGAUUUUUAAAGAUGCUUAGAAUAUCCAGGAGGUAUGUUUGUAUGUGCUUGCACAUGCAUAUUUGUUCAGUUGCUAGAUCAUGUCCAAUGCUUCGUGACCCCAUGGACUGCAGCACACCAGGCUUCCUUGUCUUUGACUAUAUUGUAGAGUUUACUCAAACUCAUGUCGGUUGAGUUGAUGAUGCCAUCCAACCAUCUCAUUCUCUGUCACCCCGUUCUUUUCUUGCCCUCAGUCUUUCCCAGCAUCAGGGUCAUUUCCAAUAAGUUGGCUCUUCGAAUCAGGUGGGUGGAGUAUUGGAGCUUCAACUUCAGCACCAGUCCUUCCAAUGAAUAUUCAGGGUUGAUUUCCUUGGAUUGACUGAUUUGAUCUCCUUGCUGUCCACUGGACUCUCAAGAAUCUUCUCCAGCACCACUGUUUGAAAGCAUCAAUUCUUUGGCACUCAGCCUUUAUGAUCCAGCUCUCACAUCCGAACAUGACUACUGGAAAAACCAUAGCUUUGAAUAUAUGGACCUUUGUCAGCAAAGUAAUGUCUCUGCUUUUUAAUAUGCUUUCUAGGUUUGUCAUAGCUUUUCUUCCAAGGAGCAAGUGACUUAGUUUUGUGACUGCAGUCACCAUCCACAGUGAUUUUGGAGCCCAAGAAAACAAAAUCUGACACUAUUUCCACUUUCUCCCCAACUUUUUGCCAUGAAGUGAUGGGAGUGGAUUCUAUGAUCUUUAUUUUUUGAAUGUUGACUUUUAAACCAGAUUUUUCACUCUCCUCUUUCACCUUCACCUAAAGGCUCUUCAGUUCCUCUUCACUUUCUACCGUUAAAGGGUAUCAUCUGCAUAUCUGAGGUUGUUUGUAUUUCUCCUGGCAAUCUAAAUUCCAGCUUGGGAAUCAUCCGGCCCAGCAUUUCUCAUGAUGUACUCUGCAUAUAAGUUAAAUAAGCAGGGUGAACAAUAUACAGCCUUAAUGUACUCUUUCUCAAUUUGGAACCAGUCUGUUUUUCCAUGUCCAGUUCUAACUGUUGCUUUUUGACCUGCAUACAGGUUUCUCAGGAGGUAGGUAAGGUGGUCUGGUAUUCCCAUAUCUGUGAGACUAUUCCACAGUUUGUUUUUAUCCACUCAGUCAAAGGUUUUAGCGUAGUCAAUGAAGCAGAAGUAGAUGUUUGUUUUUUUGUUUUAAUUCCCUUGCUUUUUCUUUGAGCCAGAGGAUCUCUGGAUCCAGUUUGACCUCUGGUUCCUCUACCUUUUCUAA